UUUGAUCAAACUAAAUCAAUAAGGACAGGAAAUGUGUCAUAUUUGAUAAAAAAUCAACCACGGGUGUAUAAUUUUACUCAUAAUUGUAACUCCAAACAUAUCGGUGAUCAUGCCAAUCAUCCUUUCCUAAUUACAUUACCAAGAACUUUCUGUGUUUCAAGUAUCAGGGGUGAAGAAUGUUAUCGAGUUAUCCUUAUCAUCUCCUCGGAGCAUUUCUACUAUUUCUCCUUCCUCUGCCUUUUUCAUCCUCGAAUGAGCAAGAUUAUGAUAUGCCGACGAGUAUCACCUUAUUUCAUUCGUUCAGCUCAGAUUUUGAAGACAAUUUUUCUGAAAGAGGGACUAUCAGCAUAAACACUCAAAACAUCAUAGGCGGUUAUCAUUCUACCAGAAAUGUCAAGCAAUCAGCUCUUGAACAGUCAGAAUUGCAGCAGCUGAAGAAUUUAGCUCGGAACAAUGGACUGUAUAGAAUAAAAGCUAUUGUCAAAACUGCUAAUGGGAGGAAAACCACUCUACUUACUUAUGUCAAAGCGUGUUUACUGCUAGAAUCUAACCUCUCGGAUAUCAUCACAGUUUUCUUAAAUGCUAAUUAUGAUGUGGUGUCAGUCUCAGCAGCGACAAUUAAAGCCACCUGUGAAAAUAACUUUGAAGACAUCUGGACCAAAAAUUUCAAUACGACUGUAAAUUUCCGCAAAACAGAGCCAGGGCCAGUUCCUGACACUGCAACUUUCAUUCAGACCCUGGAGCGAGAACGAGAGGCCAGAGAAAAAGGUGGUCGGAAAGACAAUAGGUCUUUCUUUGCUAAAUAUUGGAUGUACAUUGUGCCUGCGGUCAUCUUCGUCCUUCUCUCUGGAGCUUCAGCUCAAGAAGGACCUCAACAAUAGGCAGUCUCAGGUGAUAACUGCAAAUCUCAUCAUUUCACAUGAUGUCACUUUGUCUUAUUCUUAGUGUUGCGGGACAAUGCUCUUCUGGUGCAGCAUAAAGUAAACUCUAAAAUCUGAAAGUUAACUAGAAAAUAAAAUUUUGCUGAUUCCUACAUCUCUAGACCCAUGUCACAUAAGGAAGGACCAAAAUGUAAAAUGCAUGGCAGUGGGUGCAUCAAUUUCUUUUAUAUGGCAUUUGUAUUACCAAAAAACCAAACAGUUUCUGUUUUAAGAAAUCUCUGUUUUGUUUUGUUAGCGUAUUUAUAAAUUUGUAAAUAAAAUGAUUUUUGAAUUUUUGAAAAAAAAA